UCAUAAAAGAAGGAAAAAAAAAACCAAAAAAAUUUAGUUACGUGAAAAGAAGAAAAUUCGAAAAAAAAAUUCAAUCGCAAUGUCAUGGCGUUGUGGGAAAAUUAGCCUAAUCAUACUUAUCAUUUCGAUCAGUUGUCUCUACCUUCUUGCAUUUUACUUCGACUUGAGUAUAAAAAAUGUUCUUAACUUCAAGGUCAAUCAUAGAUCUUUUCCACACCGAUUUAACAGUAACAGGAAGUUUAAAAAGAUCCUAUUUUGGAAUGGAAUGUUUAAUCAUAAAGAUUUUUAUUUCGGCGAUGGUGAUAUUUUCAAAUCUUGUCAAGUGAAUGAUUGUUACGCAACUUAUGACAGAUCUUAUUUUGAUGACGAUACAUAUGAUGCUAUACUUUUCCAUGGUAUCGAAUUAGAUAGGCAAGAUUUGCCUAAUAAAAGAGAUUAUAAGCAACAUUAUAUUUUUGUUAAUUUGGAAAGUCCAGAAAAUAGACCAAUCAAAGAUAAAUAUUUUGAUACAUAUUUUAAUAAUACGAUGACUUAUCGAUUGGAUAGUGAUAUUCUAUGGCCUUAUGGGAUUGUUAGCGACAGGAAAACUAAUAAGAUUGUUGCACCUUCUAAUCAUGUCUUCUGGGAUAUUCCUGAUAAUGAUGUUAACAGGGAUGCAUUAUCUACCACGACACAGUUAAAAGAUGUUACAACAAUUGCAAAUAAAAAUAAAGAAAUAGCUUGGUUGGUGAGCAAUUGUAAAGCUAAAAGUGGGCGUUUGGAAUACGUUGAAGAAUUAUCAAAGUAUAUAAACGUCGAUAUUUAUGGAUAUUGUGGUGAUGAUAAAACAUGUCCAUUAUCUCGUGAUUGUUUCCACGACAUAUUCGAACCGCAAUAUUUCUUUUAUCUCUCCUUCGAAAAUUCAUUGUGUCAGGAUUACGUCACGGAGAAGCUUUAUAAAGCAUUGAGAUACAAUAUAGUGCCUAUCGUUUACGGAGGAGCAAAUUACACUAGAUUCGCUCCACCAAAUUCAUACAUUAAUGCAUUAGAUUACGAUAGUCCAGAAAAAUUAGCCAAAUAUUUAAAAAGACUUAUAAAUAAUCCAAACGAAUAUCAACAAUAUUUCCGAUGGAAGAUACGUUAUCGUAUAGAAGAUGCAACUCCCAAAACUGCUUGCAAUCUUUGCAAAUUUCUUCAUACCAAAAACAAAACUAAUACGUACGUACAAUUAUCAAAUUGGUAUAGUUUUAACAAAUGUCCAUUACAAAGAUUAUUAAAUAACAAAAACUACGUCACAAAAGUGCUCUAUAAAAGAAAGAAAAAAUCUUUAUAUAAAACGUGAUCUCCCUCAUUAUCAUGACAGAAAUAAGUCUAAAUUCUAAGACAAAUUAAUGAAUAAUUAUUAUAAAUAUUAUUAUUGUUAUAAUAAAUUCUUAUAAUUUCUUUACUAUAUUAAUUCAUAUAAGAUGAUUAUGAAAUGUGCAGUAUUUUUUGAUCUCAUCGUUUCUAUUGUUCUAUAAAAUAAUAUCUAGCCCUUUACAAAUUUUGUCUUAAUUAUUUCUUCUUUUUUCUUUCCCCCCUCUCCUCUUUCUAUAUUUUUAACGAUCGACAAAGAUACAUUUAUUCGUGUAAACAGUGAUGGAUAAACGGUUUGAUGGAAGGUUUGCAGGACAGAAUGUGUACACCCAUAGGUACCCUAGUACAUACACUCGUUUUAUCAAGCUACUAAAUCCUACUAUAGUCAUCCUGUUUGCACGAAUUAAACCGUUAUCGAAUCUGCAGGGACAGAAAGAGAGAUAGAAAGAGAGGAACGGAGAGUGUGAGAGAGAGAGAGUGAGAGAGAGAGAGAGAGAGUGAGAGAGAGAGAAUUCGGAAUGCAAAUGCAGAUGAGGACAAACAUUACGAUCGAACACGUAUUAAUCCCUAUGCGUUUUCUCGUUGAAUGUUACACGGAGACUUCGGCACCUUGCUCAAUGAGAGUGAGAGAGAGAAAGAGAGAGAGAGAGAAUUCGUUCCAAUAAGAUAAGCGAUCGAGUUACGACGAAGAAGCGUUUAAAACGUUUUAACGUGACGCGUUAUCUUGCCGAAUAUGCCUCCCAUUUCUGUUCGAUGUUGCUCCUAAUCAUAAAUUUAACUUAAUUGUUUAAGUUACUUAACUUAAUUGAACUUAUUAUGAUAUUCACCUCCUCUCCCCCUUAUGUUAAAUUUCUUUUAA